AUGUUGGAGAGGAGGCGCAGUCUGCUGAGAGCUGCGGUCAAUCAGCGUCUGGCGGCGGCUGCGGAGGAGAUCUUUGCGCUGGUGGAGAGGACCAUUGCGGAGUACGAGGAGGAGGUGUGUGUGUUCAGGCAGGAGAACCAGAGGAAACAGGAGCUGCUGGCGUCUCUGCUCAGUCCUGAAGUCCUGGUGCACAGAGCAGAAGUUCCCAGAGAGCAGCUGCUGCAGACGGAGGAGUACGACCUGAACGUGGUGCGUCUGUGCAUCCAGGUGACUCUGCAGGACGACAGCGGGGCCUUCAGCAGAGCUCUGAGCCCCAUCGUCUCCAACCCCAUCUACGACAACAGAUCCCCAAACACGGCGGAGCUGAGGAUCUGUCGAGUCAACAGAAACACUGGGAGCGUUAAAGGAGACGACGAGAUUUUUCUCCUGUGCGACAAAGUGCAGAAAGACGACAUCGAGGUGCGGUUCUUCUCCGCAGACGGCUGGGAGGCUAAAGGCUCCUUCUCUCAGGCAGACGUCCACAGACAGGUGGCGCUAGUGUUCAGGACUCCUCCCUUCUACAAUCCGUCCAUCACUGAGUCCGUGUGUGUCCAACUGCAGCUGAGGAGGCCUUCGGACCAGGAAGUCAGCGAGCCAAUCAGCUUCAGAUACCUGCCCGACGACAAGGACCCGUACGGAUGCCACGAGAAGAAACGCAAACGAGAAAAUCUGAUGAAGCUGGCGUCGCUGCAGUCGCCAGGGAAUUCUUUUGGUUUGAGCGGGAGUCGACCGAUGGCGACGGCGUCUAAAGGUCUGCGCAGAGAUUUGGGAAACAUGAUUCUCCGUCAGCAGAUGGCUCCUCCGGCUCCGGUCUGCAGCUCCACCUUUACUCCCCUCCCCAUGCCCUCCGUCACCAUCAACCAUGGCCCCGGAAAGCCCUUUCUCCCACGCCACCUCCCCCCUCUGCCCGCACGCCUCCCCCACAACCCUCUCCCCUCCCACAACCCUGGCCUCCCCCAUCUCUCCAUGCAGGACCUGAAAUGUUUGGAGUCUCAGCUUCAGGGGGGUGGGUCUCAACCUCUGUACCACCUCCCACUGCAGACAGACCCCGCCCAAAACCAGACGCAAUGGUCCCAGUUCAGCCCCAUGCAGAGCGGGUAUAACGGAGUGGUACCAGGAGGAGGCGAAGGAGGAGGUGGGGGAGGAGGAGACGGGGGAGGAGGAGGUGGGGGGCUCGGGUUCAACUUUCUGGACCAGUUUGACGGCGGGAACCUGCUGCAGAGUCUGGUGGGAGAUUCACCGGGAGCGUUCAUGAUGAAGCAGGAGCCGCAGCCGGCGUUUGGGUUGGACCCGGCCGCUCUCUCGCCGCGGGAGAACACCACUUACACCACGCUGGGGGACGUUCAGGAGCGAAAACACGCCACUAACAAUGACAGCAGUGUGCAGCAGGGGGCGCACUACGCAACGAUAGAGGACUGGUUAAAGUCCAGUCAUUAA